AUCAGAAUCAAAAUCAUGUCAGAUCUGACUAAUGAAACCAAGUCGAGUGAUUUUCAAGAUCAACUGGAUAGUCUUCGAUAUUCUAUUUGAAAUGAAGAUGUUUGGGAACACAGUAUAUUUUGUUUCAGGCUAUAGAAUGUGGUAUUGGCAAAUCGAACAAAGAUGAAAUUAGACAAGCACUUGCAACGUGUGUCAAAAACAACGACACCCUGAACAAGAUCUGGGAAAUGACGAUGUCAUCUUCCCAAUCAAUGCCUUCUGGUGUGGAAAAGGAAUCAGACUCGACGGAAGAAGAAAAAGGCAAACCAAUCUCUGGAACCAAUGCAAAAAACUCAAGAAACGGUAGAGGAAGUAGAAUUAAAAGAGCUAAAUCAGGCAAGUCCUUCAGUAACCAACAAUCAACUACAAUGAGGAGUAACAACAAUAAGAAUAAGAUGAACGAUUCUAACGAAGAUGAAUCAAAUAACGGCAGCAAUGAUUUGUCUGAAGAAACAGCGAACAGCAGCCAAAGUGCAUCGGAAAAAUGCAUCGUUCACUGUGUUCUAGAACAACUGAGCAUGACUGACGAUAAUGGUUUCCCAGAUCAUUCAAAAAUUAUCAACGAGUUGAUGAAAGAUAAUCCUAAACGUGAAGUGAAGAAUUUUCUGCAAGAUACCACUGACGAAUGCUUCCAAGAAGUUGAUGAAGCAAAUGAGUCUGAUUCCUGCGAAUAUUCCAACAAACUAAUCAUCUGCUUGGCUGAGAAAGGAAAAUCGAAUUGUGCUGAUUGGCCAGCUGGCACCCUACCAUUUUGAUUUGCUAUAAUUUGUAUCAGAACAAUCAAUGCGAUCUAAGGACUCUCUUUGUAAAAUAAAUAAUAGUUUCUUCCUGGUUUAGGGUCUGUUAUACAACAUUAUAUAUUUCCAAUAAUA